AAGCGAGGGAAGAAGGUGGCAGCUCCCACUCGGUUCUCCCUCGGGUCGGGUCCGAGCUGCCGGGCCGCAUGCCGCUCCCCGACGGGGCGCGUAGCCCAGGGGGCGUCUACCGGGAGGCGCGCGGCGGGGGCUACACCAACCGGACCUUCGAGUUCGACGACGGCCGAUGCGCCACCAGGCGGCCCUGCGCGGGGGACGGCGCGCUCCUGGACACCGCCGGCUUCAAGAUGAGCGACCUGGACUCGGAGGUGCUGCCCUUGCCGCCGCGCUACCGCUUCCGGGACCUGCUGCUGGGCGACCCGUCCUUCCAGAACGACGACAGGGUCCAGGUGGAGUUCUACGUCAAUGAGAAUACCUUCAAGGAGCGGCUCAAGCUGUUCUUCAUCAAAAACCAAAGAUCGAGCCUAAGGAUCCGGCUGUUCAACUUCUCCCUGAAGCUCCUCACCUGCCUGCUCUACAUCGUGCGCGUCCUGCUUGACGACCCGGCCCUGGGCAUCGGAUGCUGGGGCUGCCCAAAGCAGAACUACUCCUUCAAUGACUCGUCCUCCGAGAUCAACUGGGCUCCCAUUCUAUGGGUGGAGAGAAAGAUGACACUGUGGGCAAUCCAGGUCAUCGUGGAAAUAAGCUUCCUGGAGACAAUGCUUCUCAUCUACCUCAGCUACAAAGGCAACAUCUGGGAGCAAAUCUUCCGCGUGUCCUUCGUCCUGGAGAUGAUCAACACUCUGCCCUUCAUCAUCACGAUCUUCUGGCCGCCGCUGCGGAACCUGUUCAUCCCCGUCUUUCUGAACUGCUGGCUGGCCAAGCACGCGCUGGAAAACAUGAUUAACGACUUCCACCGUGCCAUCCUGCGGACGCAGUCGGCCAUGUUCAACCAGGUCCUCAUCCUCUUCUGCACCCUGCUGUGCCUCGUUUUCACGGGGACCUGCGGCAUCCAGCACCUGGAGCGGGCGGGCGAGAACCUGUCCCUCCUGACCUCCUUCUACUUUUGCAUUGUCACCUUCUCCACUGUGGGCUACGGCGACGUCACGCCCAAGAUCUGGCCGUCACAGCUGCUGGUGGUCAUCAUGAUCUGCGUGGCCCUCGUGGUGCUCCCACUGCAGUUCGAGGAGCUCGUCUACCUCUGGAUGGAGCGGCAGAAGUCGGGGGGCAACUACAGCCGCCACCGUGCGCAGACGGAGAAGCACGUGGUCCUGUGCGUCAGCUCCCUCAAGAUCGACCUCCUCAUGGACUUCCUGAACGAGUUCUACGCCCACCCCCGGCUCCAGGACUAUUACGUGGUCAUCCUGUGCCCCACGGAGAUGGAUGUCCAGGUACGCAGAGUCCUGCAGAUCCCUCUGUGGUCCCAGCGGGUCAUCUACCUCCAGGGCUCUGCGCUCAAAGACCAGGACCUCAUGCGAGCCAAGAUGGACAAUGGGGAGGCCUGCUUCAUUCUCAGCAGCAGGAACGAGGUGGACCGCACGGCCGCGGACCACCAGACCAUCCUGCGUGCCUGGGCCGUGAAGGACUUCGCCCCUAACUGCCCCCUUUAUGUCCAGAUCCUCAAACCUGAAAACAAGUUUCAUGUCAAGUUUGCCGACCACGUGGUAUGUGAGGAGGAGUGCAAGUAUGCCAUGCUGGCGCUGAACUGCAUCUGCCCGGCCACCUCCACCCUCAUCACCCUGCUGGUGCACACGUCCCGCGGCCAGGAGGGACAGGAGUCCCCGGAGCAGUGGCAGCGCAUGUACGGACGCUGCUCGGGCAAUGAGGUGUACCACAUCCGCAUGGGUGACAGCAAGUUCUUCCGCGAGUACGAGGGCAAGAGCUUCACCUACGCGGCCUUCCACGCCCACAAGAAGUACGGCGUGUGCCUCAUCGGGCUGAAGCGAGAGGACAACAAGAGCAUCCUGCUGAACCCGGGGCCCCGGCACAUCCUGGCCGCCUCGGACACCUGCUUCUACAUCAACAUCACCAAGGAGGAGAACUCGGCCUUCAUCUUCAAGCAGGAGGAGAAGCGGAAGAAGAGGGCCUUCUCGGGGCAGGGGCUGCACGAGGGUCCAGCCCGCCUGCCUGUGCACAGCAUCAUCGCCUCUAUGGGGACGGUGGCCAUGGACCUGCAGGGCACGGAGCACCAGCCCACGCAAAGCGGUGGGGGGGGCGGGGGCAACAAGCUGGCACUGCCCACGGAGAACGGCUCGGGCAGCCGGCGGCCCAGCAUCGCGCCCGUCCUGGAGCUGGCCGACAGCUCGGCCCUGCUGCCCUGCGACCUGCUGAGCGACCAAUCAGAGGACGAGGUGACGCCGUCGGACGACGAGGGGCUCUCGGUGGUAGAGUACGUGAAGGGCUACCCUCCCAACUCGCCCUACAUCGGCAGCUCCCCAACCCUGUGCCACCUCCUGCCUGUGAAGGCCCCCUUCUGCUGCCUGCGGCUGGACAAGGGCUGCAAGCACAACAGCUAUGAAGACGCCAAGGCCUACGGGUUCAAGAACAAGCUGAUCAUCGUCUCGGCAGAGACGGCCGGCAACGGGCUGUACAACUUCAUCGUGCCGCUGCGGGCCUACUACCGAUCCCGCAAGGAGUUAAACCCCAUUGUGCUGCUGCUGGACAACAAGCCCGACCACCACUUCCUGGAAGCUAUCUGCUGCUUCCCCAUGGUCUACUACAUGGAGGGCUCCGUGGACAACCUGGACAGCCUGCUGCAGUGCGGAAUCAUCUAUGCGGACAACCUCGUGGUGGUGGACAAGGAGAGCACCAUGAGCGCUGAGGAGGACUACAUGGCGGAUGCCAAGACCAUCGUCAACGUGCAGACCAUGUUCCGGCUCUUCCCCAGCCUCAGCAUCACCACGGAGCUCACCCACCCUUCCAACAUGCGCUUCAUGCAGUUCCGCGCCAAGGACAGCUACUCUCUGGCUCUUUCCAAACUAGAAAAGAGGGAGAGAGAGAACGGCUCCAACCUGGCCUUCAUGUUCCGCCUGCCCUUUGCCGCCGGCCGCGUCUUCAGCAUCAGCAUGUUGGACACGCUGCUCUACCAGUCCUUCGUGAAGGACUACAUGAUCACCAUCACCCGGCUGCUGCUGGGCCUGGACACCACGCCGGGCUCGGGGUACCUCUGUGCCAUGAAAAUCACCGAGGGCGACCUGUGGAUCCGCACGUACGGCCGCCUCUUCCAGAAAGCUUCUGGCUCUUCAGCGGCCCGAGAUCCCCAUCGCCAUCUACCGGGACAGCAGGAGGGCCCACGCUCUUCUUCCACCUCGGCAGGUUCUGGGGCAGCCCCCUGUCCUUCUGUGACCCACGCCAUCCCCACCUUCCGGGGCGGCUCGGCGACCGUGGCAGCCCCUGUCCGUGUGACCCACGCCCCAUCCCCACCUUCGGGGGGCUGCGCGACCGUUUGGACACCAGUUGCACCCCCGCCCCUCCCAGGCCCAGCCCUGGCUCCCCCAGGCCCCACCAAGGCAGGCAGCCCCAUGCUCCUCUGGCCUGACCAUCCAGCCCCCAGCCUCCCAGGCCUUUCUGAAGGUGCCGCCCAGGUGGGGGGCGCCCCGCCUCUUCCCAGCACCCCACACCCCACAGGCCCUGGCACCUCACAUUCUCCCGGUUCGGGGCCUCCGAAGGGCGUGUUUGCAAGAGGGACCAGGGCCCAUCUGCAGAUAGAGAAGUUGGCACACAGAGGGGGUGACCCCCCCAGGGCAAGGCCAAGAUGUCCUGGGGUCCAGAUGGGUCCCCAGCCGGACCCACAGAAAGAAGGGCCCAGAGAGGUGAAGGGAGCUGCCCUCAGUAGCCUGGCGAAUCCCUUGACCAGGCCCGGGCAGGGCGGGUGGCCCGGCAGUCUGAGCUCAGAAGGAAACCUCGGACCAGGCACGUUCUUUCCAGAGGAGGGAGGCACAUGCACCCUGGGGUCUGUCCUUGCCCUCUUCCCUGACACCCCCAGCCACUCCCACUCGGGUCCCAAGCCCCAGAGCCCACACCUCCUCCUAAGCCCCUGCCCCAAAGCCCAUGCCCCUCCCAGCAGCCUCACCCCUCCCCGCCCUACCCAGUCCCAGAUCUCGGUGAACAUGGAGGACUGUGAGGACACACGGGAAGCGAGGGGGCCCUGGGGCUCGCGCGCUGGCACCGGAGGCAGCUCCCACGGCCGACACACGGGCGGCAGUGACCCCGCGGAGCACCGGCUGCUGCGGCAUAAGAGUCUGCAGUGGGCCCGGAGGCUGAGCCGCAAGGGACCCAAGCAGGCAGGCCGGGCGGCGGCCGCGGAGUGGAUCAGCCAGCAGCGCCUCAGCCUGUACCGGCGCUCUGAGCGCCAGGAGCUCUCCGAGCUGGUGAAGAACCGCAUGAAACACCUGGGCCUGCCCACCACCGGCUACGACGAGAUGAACGACCAUCAGAACACCCUCUCCUACGUCCUCAUCAACCCUCCGCCCGACACGAGGCUGGAGCCCAGCGACAUUGUCUAUCUCAUCCGCUCCGACCCCCUGGCUCACGUGGCCAGCAGCUCCGAGAGCCGGAAGAGCAGCUGCAGCCACAAGCUAUCGUCCUGCAACCCUGAGACUCGCGACGAGACGCAGCUCUGAGACAGCCCUGCACGGAGCUCAGGCCACCAAACCCAGAGCUUGGUGGGUCCUCAGGAAGGACGUGGAGGAGCGUGUGAGGACACAGUGGCACUAGCGUGACCCUGGGGAUGCCACACUCUGCUCACCGUGGCUCCUGGGACUCCACCCUGGAAAGGAGCGCCUCGUGCGGGGGGAGGGCCAGCUCACCCUCGGGUACCUGCAGGCUAGUGAGGAGAGUUUUUUUAACCUAUUUUUACAGACCGAUGCAGUCCACGUCUCUUUACACAGAUGUACCGUAACUCGUGACCAGGGCUGGCUGGGAGGGCAACGCGGGGACCAGACGCCCCGCAGGGCCCAGCCCAGGCUGUCCUGGAGGGUGGGGCUGGCUGGGGUGCAUGGGGAGGGGAAGAGAACCCAGGAGCCCUGCAUGGGCCACACCCAACUCAGAGCCAGCCUGAGCUUUCAUGGCCAAGCGGCCUCACUUCCUUCUAGCCAAGGCCUGGGGCCCGGGGCUGCCGUGCUGCACUCUGUGGGGCCAGUGAGGGGCACCCUCUGCUCUUUGCUGUCCUGAGUCCCUUCUGGAAGUCAGAAGCAGCAAAGGGCCUGGGGAAGCCGGGCGUGUGUGAGGGGUGCAUCCCCAGGUGCCCCAGAGGGCCCUGUUGCCAAGGACCUUUCUGAAGGUCACGAGCAGAAGCAGAAGACGCCAUUUCCUCUACUUCACACUGAACUUUCCCGGCCACGGCGUCUGGGCGGCGUUUGGGUGGAAGAUGGUGCAUUUCCACGGACCGUUUUACACUUACCUUUUAAAGCAAAGCCUCAUUUUCUAAACUCCUGACUUGUGAAGCACAAUUCAGCCUCCGGGCUGGGCCAUGUGGAGGGGAGAGGACCUUCUUAGCAAGGCGAGAUCCCGGGCGGCGGCUGACAUCGGGAGCGUCGCCCUGUGUCCUUUGCUGCUGGUUCCUUACUGGUUGGGACGGUCAGUGCUGGAACCUUCUAUUAAACGGAUGCAUUCUGGAGGCAUGAAGUUA